ACCUCGGCGCCUCCCGCCCGGAAGUGCCUGAGGGUCCGAUAUGGAGCUGGCGGAGCGGGGCGGUGAGUACUCCCGCCUUGACCGCGCCUACCCGGCCGCCCGAGUCUCAGCUUGUCCCCGCUCCGCCCGGAAUCCCCCGUGCCUUCCCGCGGCUCGGGGGGGGUCGGGGGACCGGGAAAAUGGGAGGGAUAAUGGAGGAGUUGGGGGUAGGCAGGCUCGGUAGCGCAGCGGGCAAGGCAGGUGCCAUGGCCCUGAUCGAAGGGGUGGGUGAUGAGGUGACCAUCCUUUUCGCGGUGCUUGCCUGCCUUCUGGUGCUGGCCCUCGCUUGGGUCUCAACACACACCGCCGAGGGGGCUGACCCACUGCCCCAGACAUCAGGGACCCCGACUCCAGCACAGCACAGCAACACCAUGGCAGCCACCGACAGCAUCAGAGGGGAGGCCCCAGGAGCCGAGGCCCCCAACCUGAGACACCGAGGUCAAGCUGCCCAGCCAGAUCCUAGUAUGGGGCCCCCAGCAACACCACCGCCACCGGACUCACCACAGGAGCCCCUAGUGCUCCGGCUGAAAUUCCUCAACGAUUCAGAGCAGGUGGCCAGGGCCUGGCCCCAUGACACCAUUGGCUCCUUGAAAAGGACCCAGUUUCCAGGCCGGGAACAGCAGGUGCGACUCAUCUACCAAGGGCAACUUCUAGGAGACGAUACCCAGACCCUGGGCAGCCUUCACCUCCCUCCCAACUGUGUGCUCCACUGCCACGUGUCCACACGGAUCAGUCCCCCACACCCCCCCUGCCCUCCGGGGUCAGAGCCAGGCCCCUCCGGGCUGGAAAUUGGCAGCCUGCUGCUGCCCCUGCUGCUUCUGAUGCUGCUGCUGCUCUGGUACUGCCAGAUCCAGUACCGGCCCUUCUUUCCCCUGACCGCCACUCUGGGCCUGGCCGGCUUCACCCUGCUCCUCAGUCUCCUGGCCUUUGCCAUGUACCACCCGUAGUGCCUCCACGGGCUCUCGGCAGUGUUGCUGGCCCUUCCGGACCUUGUUCCCCGCGACACAGUGGGAGCUGCUGUCUGCCCAGGCCCGCUUCUCCAGCCUGUCUCUUUCCUCUGCCCUGGAGCCCAGCCCUGCGCCGCCGAGGACUCCAGGGGCCGGCGGAGGCCACUCCCUGUGACCUCCAUGGCUCUGGGCCAUCUCCUGAGCCUGCUGGCCCUCAGCCUUCGCUGACAGUUGGCUCCUCAGGGUCAGGCAGCUGCUGUCACUGCCUUGGCCCUGGGCAGAGCCAGGCAACCCCCCUGGGCCCCUCUGGCCGACGGCCUAGCCACCUGUAGUCCCCGUAACUCAUUGGGCUGAUUUCGGACCCAAGGACUAAGUUGGGGGCUAUGGAAGGGUAGCUGGAAUGGAAGGAGAGGGUUUGUCUGAAACAUGCAGAUUAAAAAACUGUGAAGUUUUCA